AUGCCUGACCGGUGUCCCUUCUGCAAUAUUGCCGCCACAAACCCACCGGCCCCCUUUAAUCAGCCCCCAUCCGAUUCCACAGAUGCAGCCCCAAUCUCCGAUGCAUCAAACACAACAGCUCAUAUGAUCCUGUCCACGGAGUAUGUUAUGGCCUUCUUGGACAUUAUGCCUCUAACUGCGGGUCAUGUCCUUGUAUCUCCGAGGCACCAUUAUGAGAAGUUGGGGGAUAUGGGUGUUCAGAUUAGCCAGGAGAUGGGGAAAUGGCUUCCCAUUAUCUCAAGGGUUGUGACGAAAACUAUAUUCGGUGAAGAUCCGGAUAGACAUUGGAAUGUUGUACAGAAUAAUGGCGCCCGAGCUGCACAGGUAGUGCCUCAUGUCCAUUUCCAUAUCAUUCCCCGUCCUCAAACAGACGGAGUUCAUAAGCCUGGAUUCGCUAUGUUUGGUCGUGGACAGCGCUCAGAACUUGAUGAUGAGGAGGGUGAGGAACUAUCCCGUGCUAUGAGAGUCGAGUUGGCACAGGAGAUCGAACGCAUUCACAGAGAAGAGGGCAUUGAUCUAUCAGCCGACCUCGUCGGCCGGGGUAAAUUAUGA